GCUGAAAAUGCACCAUAAAUCUCCACAUAGCCGGACAAGUCACUUACACAGUAGCGGUACUGAUAAAGAACCAAUACGCACCCCCAAGUGUCCUCCUUUGGUGAUAGUGCACGGAUUGUUUGGUGCCAAAGUGAAUUGGCGUGCCCUGGCGAAGAGGUUCGCCAGGGAUGUGCACAGGGACGUCUACACUGUCGACGUCCGUAACCACGGCAACAGCCCCCACAAACCGCUGCAUACCUACUCGGCGAUGGUUGCUGAUCUCAAGGCGUUGUUGCUGGACUUGCACAUACCGAAGGCUUCCUUCCUCGGUCAUAGUAUGGGGGGGAAGGUGGUGAUGGCACUCGCUCUCUCUGAGCCGGAACUUGUCGACCGGUUAGUUGUAGAAGACGCGGCACCUGUCAAUUACGGCCGAAUCACAGAGGUGAAUAAACACUUUGAAGCAAUGCAGAAAUUAGACCUUUCACAAAUACGAAACCGAAACGAUGCAUACAUGAUGUUGAGCGGUCUCUUGAAAGGCGUUGAAGAAGACGAAGCAGUUCUGAGGUAUCUGUCAAGCAAUGUGGUGCGUACGGACAAGGGCGCCUACAAAUGGAGGUGCAAUGUGAACCACAUAGGUCAGCACAUAGAUGAUAUAUUCGACUUUCCAGAUUUCACAGAUCCAUUCCGCGGCCGCACACUUUUCUUAAAAGGCACACAAUCGGAGGCGGUGCGAUUCCAGGAUAUGGACCGAUUGUACAGUCUGUUCCCCUCCGCUACGGUUGAGGAGAUGGAGACGGGUCACUGGGUGCACGUGGACGAUCCGAAUGGGUUUAUGAAACACGUAGAAAAAUUCUUGACUGCCGAGUAAUGCACGUCUUGCAUUAGUGUAUCGACAUCGCAAAUGUGCUGCCAAAGCUUAGAAGGAUAAUUCAAAACACUCAUAGCUUCCCUCGUGGUUUACUGUUACCAAGGCUGUAACUUCAGCUGGGUCCCACAAGGCACUAUGGUAUGGUGGUGGCGAUGCAGCGCAUGCUGAUAUCCUGAACAGGAUUCUAUUGAUCUGUAGAAUACUAUGGUAGUACAAGGCGUUGCUACCCUGGACCGACCCGUGCUUUCAUUUCGAGAAUACUUUAUUUGGUCGUGAGAGGUACUCAAUUCAAACGUAACGCACUCGAAACUACAUUCCAAAAGUUCAACCUAGUUAAUUGGACCUGAAACUCGAUUCUGCCAAUUUGGAUACUGGUCUUCUCUCCACUAUAAUGUUCCCAGGCAUGAGGUGUACGGCGAGAAAGGCAUAAAUUGCGACGUGGACAGAAGCUUUUUCAUCCUGAUUCCGCAGCCUGACUCCAUGGAUCUCAUAUGGAUUCGCCCGGGGUCUGAAACUGAAAAGGGUUAUAGAGCGCAUAGAAUAGAACGAUGCCACCAAAUCAACAGCACUCACUUAUGACAGUAAAGCGAGCACUAAACAAACCAAUGUGUGUAUAUUUAAACAUGUAUGUAUGCAUACUAC